GACAGAGAGAGAUCCUCCCUAUAUGGUGUGCGUUGCACCAUUCCCUGGUCUGUGUUAUGAGUGGUGGCCCUUGUGAUGCUGCAGCGAGGCGGGCGGGAGGAAAAGAGGAGAGAGGAGGGGUCGCUCCAUCCACUCGCGCCCACCGAAUCCACUUCUCACAGCGCGCGGGCUGCUGGCGGGAAGGCACGAGGAAGAGAGAUAGAGAGAAUGUCUCCACCGCCGUGUCAUUCCAGAUGUGACUGACAAGUCGUUUUAUGUCGCCCGCAUUGAGUCCUGUGCUGUUCAUCUCGGAGAGACUGUGACACCAUGGCUUUGGUUAUGGAGCCUAUAAGUAAAUGGACACCAAAGCAAGUGCUGGACUGGAUGAAAGGUCUGGAUGACUGUCUCCAGCAGUACGUGAAGAGUUUCGAGCGGGAGCAGAUGGGGGGAGAGCAGCUGCUGCACAUCACCCAUCAGGAGCUGGAGGAGCUGGGUGUCACCAGAAUAGGACAUCAGGAGCUCAUCCUGGAAGCUGUCGACCUCCUCUGUGCCCUGAACUACGGCCUAGAGACGGAGAACCUGCGGACUCUGUCCCACAAGCUGAACGCUUCAGCGAAGAACCUCCAGAACUUCAUCCUGGGCCGGCGGAGGGGUGGGCACUACGAUGGACGAGCUUCCCGGAGGCUACCCAAUGAUUUCCUUACCUCGGUGGUGGAUCUGAUUGGUGCAGCCAAGAACCUGCUAGCCUGGCUCGACAGGUCUCCGUUCGCCAGUGUGACCGAGUAUUCAUUACUGAAGAACAACAUUGUGCAGCUCUGCCUAGAACUAACCACCAUCGUACAACAGGAUUGCACUGUGUAUGAGACAGAGAAUAAGAUUCUCCAUGUGUGUAAGACCUUAGCGGGGAUAUGCGACCACAUCAUCUCUCUGUCUUCAGACUCUCUGGUCUCUCAGUCCGCCCAUCUGGAGGUGGUCCACCUUACCAGCAUCAUGCCCAGUGAAGGGCUGGGGAUGUAUAUCAAAUCGACGUAUGAUGGACUCCACGUUAUCACAGGAACCACAGAGAAUUCUCCAGCAGACCAGUGUAAGAAGAUCCAUGCAGGGGAUGAGGUGAUCCAAGUCAACCACCAGACAGUGGUGGGCUGGCAGCUGAAGAACCUGGUCAACGCUCUGAGAGAGGACCCAUGCGGAGUCAUCCUCACGUUGAAGAAAAGACCUCAGAACACCCUGAGCUCCACGCCGGCUCUGCUCAGGAACGUGCGCUGGAAACCGCUGGGCCUGCAGCCGAUCCCCACCAGCCCCACCAGCACCUCCCCUACACCUGGUGGAACUUUGGGCAUGUCCAAAAUGGACGCCCCCAGCAUGCAGGAUGUCUAUAUCCUCUCUCCUGUCUCUGGACUCUACAGCACCAGGGAGGAGCUGGGUCUGAUGUCAUGCGACGACAUCAGCCGCUACAGCGUGAGCUCACAGUCCGGCUCCAAAGGUUCAGAGGCAGUCAGCUACUACCUGGACCAGGACAGCGGUCAGUACUUCUCCCUGCUGGAGGGAGACGGACCCCCGGGGUCCGACUACGACAGGGGCCGCAAUACGGGGGUUCGCCGGCGGGACAAGACCCCCACCCAUGGUGACCUCAGGCCUGUUUCCAUGCCUCCCGAAUAUAACUGGAUGGCCGAGGCCAAGGAACCCAGCAUGGGCAAGAGAGGGAGCCGAGAUUCAGACAACUCCCUGCUGCGUUACCUUAGCGACGACAAGAUCCUGGUGAUUGAGGAGGAGCCCGAGGGUCCGGGCAGAGAGAGUCGGCGGGAUUCCACCAGACGCUCUCGGCGCAAGAGCCGCAAUCCCAGCAGCCCUAGCUUUCCCAUCAGCCCCUCCAUGCUGUCCUCCACCCUGCGCCUAGACCAACCGCCCGAUGCUUUGCCUCGAGGUGCGGACACACUACGAGCAGACACAACAGACAGGUACUCCGGCUCAGGAAGCUCAGGAGCUGCCUCCAUGAGGAAGUCCUUCCAUUACACCUCUCUAAGAACGAAAACCAAAAAGAGAAGUAAAGGUUCCCUCACUAGUGCCAGUCGAAGGAGAAUAUCCUGUAAGGACCUGGGCCACGGGGACUGUGAGGGCUGGCUGUGGAAGAAGAAGGAUGCAAAAGGUUAUUUCACCCAGAAAUGGAGGAAGUACUGGUUUAUCCUCAAAGAGUCCUGCCUCUACUGGUACACCAACCAAAACGAUGAGAAGGCUGAGGGCUUCAUCAGUCUCCCUGAGUUCAGAAUAGACCGAGCCAUAGAGUGCAGACGGAAAUAUGCCUUCAAAGCCUGUCAUCCCAAAAUCAAGAGCUUCUUCUUUGCCACAGAUUGUCUUGAGGAAAUGAACAGGUGGAUGAACCGGCUGGGGCUAGCUGCUAUUGGCUACACACCAGAUGACAAGGUACCACGCCCCGAUGAAGAUUACUGGAGUGAGAGCGAUCAAGACGAGGUUGAUGGCUCGAUGACGCUCAAACAGGAGGGACCCUCAUCCCUCUGUGAUACCUAUCACCGCACGCCAUCAGCUAACUUCCUUCAGAGUUAUGACCAGUUGCCCCGCUCAGUCAGCUCCAUGAGCCUUAUGCGCUCCACUCCGUCCCCACUCCCUCCAUCGAUGAGUGCCUCCACCUCCCCCAUCCCUCCACAGAUGGUCUCUUCCACCUCCCCUCUCCCUCUCCAGGUCAAUUCCUCUAGUCCCUUCCCGGAGCCCAAGCAUGGCCGACACUUCUCCAGCGAGUCAACGCACUCCCACUCCUCCGCCGAGGACCAGCGCGGAGAUGGCAUGGGCAUGGGCACGGGCACAGGCAGCACCAGUACCCACUCAUCCGGUUGCCGCUCUACCCACCGUGAGCGGCGCUCCUGGCAGGACCUCAUUGAGACCCCUCUGACCAGCGCAGGGCUGCACUUCCUCCAGACAGCGCCGGGGGAGAGUGAUUAUGGGGGCCUAAUGGGGAGCAUGGUUGGAGAGAUGGGGCUGUACGGAGGGCUGGGCAGACAAGGCAUGUCCCCGGAGAGACGCAGACAGGCCACGCUGCCCGUACGGAGACACCACGCUGCAGAGAGGGACAGGGAGCGCGACGGGCCCUUCCCUCUGGAGCGAGGUCCGCACACGCACAGCCACACACACCGACGCUCUCACAAGCAGCGCAGCCAGAGUCUGCCCAGAAACAGGGACCCCGUGCCAGGAAAGCUGUUGCACACCUCAGCUCAUAUGGAGGAGAGGAGCGAGGACGAGGAGGCAGAGGGGCAGGCUGCAGAUAUGCUCGAGGGUGAGGAGGCAGUGAAUCUGACUCUCACCGGUCCACUCCUGGGUGUGUCAGACCUGCGGGAGUUGAGAGUUGAGAGCAGAGAGAGGAGGGUGUCGGAUGGAAGGGAGCGGCGGGUGUCAGAGGGCCGCGAGCCGGAGCCAUUGGACGGGCUAGAGCAGCUGUACCGGGCCCUGGAGCAAGCCAACGUUACAGUCCUGGGGGACCCAAGACCCUGUAGCAGGCAGGAGUUUCGACGCUGUUACAUGCAGAGAGCCAGGGACCCUCUGCUCAACGACAGGCUGCACCGGGUCCGAGCCCUCCGCAGCACCUUGAAGGCUAAAGAGUCGGAGCUGGCAGUAGUCUGUGCCCUCCUGGAGGAGCCUGGCCUGUGCUCCCAGACCUUCAGAGAGUGGAAGCAGUGGCACAGUGAGCUCUACUCAGACAUCUGCCAGCUCAGCCCCGGCACCAACGGACAGGACGACCUCUCCCCGCUGGCCGCACCUCUCAUGACCCACACACACUCCUUCAUUGAGACACAUGUGUGAGAGAGAGAGAGAGACGGGGAGCAAAGACUGAACUGACACACACACACACACUAACAAACACACAGAGCUCGACAUUAGCUGAAUCCUCUCUCCUGAUCACGACUCUGAGCACGCACUCACACACUCACACAAACACACACACACACACACACACACACACACACACACACACACAGGAACACACAUUGUAAGAUGUGUAAAUAUCAUAGAUGGGACAGUCUGAGACCUGCGUGUAUGAACUUUUGAUAAUCCUGAGGACCCCACAGGGUGCCUAUUGCAUGCCUGAACAGAAAGCAUUAAUCUUCCUUUGUCUAUGGAACUCAGCAUAAACUCCACACGCUUGUCGAGCAAAAUGGAAAAAAAGGAGACUUUUUAACACGUUUUUGUUCCUUUGUAUUUACUUGGUUUUGCUAAUUUUUUUCCCUGUUGAUUUUAGGGGGCAGGGGGAACUAUGUAGCAGCAAUACAGAGGAGAAUCCUUUUCACCACAGCACUGUACUUUUGUACUGAUGAACUUUGCACCCAGAGCCACCAGUUCUCCCCCUUUCUCUCUCUUCUAUCUUUUUUUUUUUUCUCUCACUGCAUAUCUCGCUGAUUUACAGGGACCUCACUUGUUAUUCCAGGCUGAUCUGACGGGACAGUGUUGGGAAAGUAAGGGCAGUGACUUUUAGUAUAAGACUGUGAAAGGUAGCCAUCAAUGCUGGUUUAUCUGGUUCCCUCUGGGAACCGAUGAAAACAAGCGUCUCGAGCAUUGAGGAACCAUUGUGCUGGCUAGAUAGCACACUAUUUCAAACUGUGAACUGUUAAAAAAAAAAAAAACACAAUUUUAAGAAAGUUCCUCUGACAGAGUGCAUUUCUACGAUUCAUUUUGCAUUCUCUCUCCCUCUCUUUCUUUUGCUCUCUCUCUGUGUGUUUCUGUCCAUCUCCUCCUCUUUUCUUAAUCUUUUUCUUUUGUUUCCUCUCUCUCUCUCUCUCUCUCUCUCUCUCUCUCUCUAGUCGUCAAAGACUUGUGUAUAUGUGUAUACUGCUGUGUAUACUGAUGUAAAUGUUUGCGUUCCACUACCACUGUGAUAUGCUUCUAGAGGUAGCGGAGGGAAGACAGAGAGUAUGUAUUUGCGUGGGUGCACAACAAUUUUUAGUUUUUGUUUUUCCAUUUUUUUUUUCUUAAACAGCUAAUGCAAGAGCUAGAGAGUUCUUUUCAAAGGAGUCACUCACUACAAAGAAUGCACUUUCUAUAUCUCUAUAUCUCAUUGGCUGCAUCACAGGGUCUCAUCGGCCUCUUUACCAUUGCUGUUCAAAAUAUCAGGUAAAAGCAUUUGCCGUCUCAUUUUCUAAAGAUUUGUGUACAGUCUACAAAUAUAUUUAAACAUAGAAGAAUAUAUAAAUCUAUUUACGUUUUGUGUCAUAGAUAUAAUGUAAAGUAUGAUGUAUUCUAUGCCAAGGUUUUGCAGUGUCCCCCUCUUCACUCUGUAGAUGCAGGGGGUUUAGCAGUUGAACAACUAGGAGGCAGACAACAACAACAACACCAUCAUAGACAGCUGAUUUGACAGUUUUUAUUGGUUUACAUCACGGCUGACCCUUCUCCUGGUCAUGUGUUGCAUGAGAAAAGUCCUGGGACUGAUUUGAUUGGACGGGGUAAAAUAUUAUGGAUCAUUUCUGUUCUUUUUUUUA